UUGACCAGGGUCCAGGGAAAUAGAGCUCUACCAUUGCCCCCAAUGAGCCCCAAGUCUAGCUACCUCCCCCAGACAAAAUUGGAGGCAAAUCCAUGCUUGCCAGAUUCCCACCAAAGCCGGCUCUCCUCCAAGCUUGCUGGGAUGAAAAAAUAGCUACAGGUUCCUUUUGGAUUCGCCCUGGAUAUGAUGCGGAAACUGCUUUAGCACUUCAGAACAGUGAUGACGUCCUUUACUGCGAAGCUGAGGCCCCUCAGAGUGUCGAGAAAGAGAAACCCACCCGGGAGGAUUCAGAAACCGACUUGGAAAUUGAAGACACAGAGAAAUUCUUCACCAUUGGACAGAAGGAGCUGUACCUGGAGGCCUGCAAGCUGUUGGGUGUAGUGCCCGUCUCCUACUUUAUCCGGAACAUGGAGGAGCCCUACAUGAACCUCAACCAUCAUGGGCUGGGCCCCAAGGGUACCAAGGCCAUUGCUAUAACUCUGGUGUCCAACACGACGAUCCUCAUACUGGAGCUGGAAGAUAACUACAUCAAAGAGGAAGGGGUCUUGAGUCUGACGGAGAUGCUGCAUGAGAACUACUACCUGCAGGAGCUGAACUUGUCUAACAAUGACCUUGGGUUGGAGGGUGCCAGGAUCAUCUCAGACUUCCUCCAGGAAAACAACUCUUCACUCUGGAAACUGAAACUUUCAGGAAACAACUUCAAGGAGGAAUCUGCUGCACUUUUAUGCCAAGCCCUGUCGUCCAAUUACAGAAUUAGGUCACUGAACCUCAGCCACAACCAAUUCUCUGAUGUAGGAGGGGAGUACCUGGGACAGAUGCUCGCCCUCAAUGUAGGGCUCCAGUCGCUGAACCUGAGCUGGAAUCACUUCCACAUUCGGGCAGCUGUGGCCCUGUGUAACGGUCUCCGGUCUAAUGUGACCCUGAAGAAACUGGAUGUCUCCAUGAAUGGCUUUGGGAAUGAAGGAGCUCUGGCUCUGGGGGAUGUCCUCAGAGUCAACAGCUGUCUGGUCUACAUAGAUGUCAGUAGCAAUGGCAUCACCAACGAGGGAGCCUCCAGAAUCAGCAAAGGAUUAGAAUACAAUGAGACCCUCCAAGUACUGAAGCUUUUCCUGAACCCUAUGAGUAUAGAGGGGGCAUUUUUUCUUAUCAUGUCCAUCAAGAGGAACACCAAAUCCAGGAUGGAAGAGCUUGAUAUCUCUAACAUUCUGGUAACAGAGCAGUUUGUAAAAGUCCUGGAUGGGGUCUGUGCCAUUCACCCCCAGCUGGAUGUGAUAUACAAGGGAAUGCAGGGUCUCUCCAGCAAGAAAACCAUGUCUCUGUGCACCAACCCCAUGAAACUGAUCCAGAACUAUACAGACCAACAGAAGAUCUCAACCUUGGAGUUCUUCAAGAACUUGACUCCAUCGAGAUCAAUGACAAUGUCUGUGGGGGAUUUCCGGAAAGCCAUGUUACAGCAAAACAAGGUCCCCAUCAACCGGUACCAGGUCAGGGAGAUCAUAAAGAAGCUGGAUGAGAAGAAGGGUAUGGUGGACUUCAGAACCAAAACACCGUGUUCACUAGCUCUGGAGCUGGAGCCAAAUGGCAAGCGUAGAGGGGUUGGACACAGGAGCUGCCAGGCCCAAGCAGGCCAGGGAACGAGGACACCUCCUGCCAGCUGCCCAGGGCCCAGCGAGGGGAUGUUGGGCUCUGCUUCCAUCAUCUAUCAGGGCAAAGGGGUCAUUGCCCAGGGCUCCUGGGAGCAGAGUUCAAGGUGGCACCUGACCUUCAUCUUCCACCAGCAGCAAAGCACCAACCCUACACAACGAAGACAGGCAUGCUUUGUGUGCUGUGCUUUUAAAAACCCGUCACGGAGAACGCUGAAGGCAGGUACCAGCCAAGAAAAACGGAGAGGCGGGGCAGGGGAGACAAUCACCCGAAAGCGGGGCCUUCGGGAAGGUGGUACCCCACCCCCUACCCGGAUGGGAACUGCUAAGCCACGAGGGGCUUGUCUGCCGGUGGGCCAGGUCACCAGGGCUGUGUCAUGCUGA